UGGGAGGCUAAUAGUUAUGUCAACUCUCAGAAGCAAACGGAACCUGGAACCACACAGUACACUACAGCACACACCCGUUCACAAGUAGAGCGGAUACUUACAGGGUUGCGGAUCAGUCUCUCUGAAAGAGCAUCUUGUUUCUUCCUCUCCGAAUUUUUUGAUUAUUUGUUGUUGAGAGAGACGGUUCUGACGGAAAUGGCUGCCGGGACGAAUCGGAAGAUAUCUGCAGCAUCGGCGAGGGCCCACACCAGGAGAAACAAGCAAAGUAGCACUCCUAAGCUUCCGUCUGGGAUCUUUGGGAAAAUACUUGCUGUUUUGCUUGUCGGAAUUUUAGCAUGGGCUUAUCGGGCAGUGCAACCUCCACCUCCCAAGAUAUGUGGUUCUCCAGAUGGCCCCCCAGUUACAGCAUCAAGAAUAAAGCUCAGAGAUGGAAGACAUUUGGCCUAUAAAGAGAAUGGUGUGUCAAAAGAUGUGGCCAAGCACAAAAUUAUCUUUUUCCAUCCCUUUGAUGCUUGCAGGCAUGAUGCUGUUAUUCCUUUGGCCCUUUCUCCGGGACUUACUGAAGAACUAGGGAUUUAUGUAGUGUCUUUUGACAGACCGGGUUAUGGAGAGAGUGACCCUCAUCCAAAACGAACAGUGAAGAGCUUGGCUUUGGAUAUUGAGGAGCUUGCUGAUCAACUGGGAUUGGGAUCCAAAUUCUAUGUAAUUGGCUAUUCCAUGGGCGGGGAGAUGACUUGGGGCUGCCUCAAGUAUAUCCCUCAUAGGCUAGCAGGAGUGACACUUUUAACUCCAGUUAUUAACUACUGGUGGCCCGGUUUUCCUGCAAACCUAUCUAUAGAAGCUUACAAUCAGCAGUUACCUCAAGACCAAUGGGCACUUCGUGUGGCCCACUAUGCUCCUUGGCUAAUAGACUGGUGGAUGACUCAAAAGCUAUUCCCUUCAUCUAGUGUUGCAUCUCAUAAACCUGAAAUUCUUUCAGCCCAAGACAAAGAAAUUGCAGCAAGGAUUUCUCAACGAAGAAUUUAUGCGGCAGAGGUUAGGCAGCAAGGAGUGCAUGAAUCUAUUAUCCGUGAUAUGAAGGUUGCAUUUGGGAGCUGGGAAUUCGAUCCUAUGGAUCUUGAGAAUCCAUUUCCAAACAAAGAAGGUUCUGUUCACCUGUGGCAAGGGGAUGAAGAUGGGCUUGUGCCUGUCAUGCUGCAGCGCUACAUUGCCAAAAGGCUUCCUUGGAUUCACUAUCAUGAGUUACCAGGUUCCGGGCAUCUUUUUCCGAGUAUUGAUGGGAUGUGUGACACCAUCAUAAAGGCAAUGUUAACUGGGGAGUAGUAGACUUCACAUGUGCAGUGAACUCUAGCUUUCAGGUUUUUGAUGCUUCUUGUCUGAGACCUGAAAUUUGAGAUUAUGUCCAACAUUUUUGUUUUGUAGAAUACGUUGAUUUUUGUGCAUGCAUAACAGUGUUGGAACUUAUGAUGUAAGAUCGCUGUUUCCUCUCCAGAAUUGGUGUCGUAGUCAAUAAGCAUGGAGAAGUUUUAUUUGAUAUGUAAUGGAUACAUUUUUCUUGCUGAAUAUAUUUUAGUAUUUAUGCUUUCUUUA